CUGCAGAGAUAGAGUAAGUCAUGCAAGACUGUGUGCUUCCUCUUACUUCCUGUAAACUAGCAAGGCUGAAGAAGUAAACCGCUUUUAUUGUUUGAACACAUUUUCACUUUCCCAGAAGUAAUGUUUUCCCAGACGCUUUUUUCAGCGCUGUGUGUCUUCCAGGACUCACAUAAAACAGCUGUGUGAGGAUCAGCAAGCGUGUGCUUGCAAACCAGAUGAAGCUAACAGGUGAAUAAUUCAACAUCCUUUCUACUAAACUAAUGGUACAUUUAACGUUGCUUUAAUGGAGCUUUGUCUGCACAGUCACUGAGAAAUCUGCCAUAAAACAACAACUGGUGUAAAGCAUCAAAACACUAGACUCUAUCCAAGUAGGGCACAAUGAUCACUCUUGAUGGGAACACAAGUCCACCGUGUGACUAUGAUAUAAAGCUGGAACAACGUGCUGUAAAGCACAGAAAUCUUGGGGAUCGGAACAAUGUGACAACAUGUCGAAGUCCAACCCGGGAUGUGGAUUCGAAAUGGAUUAAGAAUGAGUUACACCGCAAAAGGCAGGAUGAAUUUUCAAAGAGACGACCAGCUGACUGCAAUGUGAGCGCUCUGUUAUCUCCACGGACAAGACGUAAUUAUGCACAAGAGGGUGUUCGUAUGACGCAAAUGUCUUCGACCUACAGGCAUCCAAAAAUCAGCCCAGUUAAGCAGUCAGUGUCCACUGCUUUUGUGAAUAAUGAAAAUGCACCGAAGAUUGACAGAGUUGCAGCUAUCCUCGACUCACUUCGUCUGAGAGAAAAAGCAAAACAAGAACGAGCUCUCCUUAGAGACAUAACACAGCUUACAAACAACCACAGGACACUACACACUGCUAGUGUGCAGACUGAGUCAGGCACUGCAACUGUCAACGAUGAGGAUAUUCAGCAGUUGGCGACUUAUUUAGAGGAGGCGCUGUAUAGAGAGGAGGUUCUGAAAAAGAAGCUGAUUGCCCUACAGAGGAGUACAUCAACACUGCUACAUGCCACUGAGCUGCUGUGGAAGACUCGCUGUGAUGAAGAUCUACUGAAGAACAAGAUAAAGACACUGGAGGCUCAGCUACAGUUGUGCAGGAAGGGGGUUCCUCAGGAUGGACUAAAGAAGGAAGUAUUAAUGAUGGAGAAGCAGAAGGAGGAGUAUGAGAAAAAGGCCUUGGAAGCCAUUCAGAAGGCCACAGAGGAGAAUUCAGAAGCACAGAGCAAGCUGCAGUACCUGCAGGAGGCACUACAGGUGACCCAGGCAGAGUCAUUGCGAUGGCAGAAGCUGUAUGAGGAGGUGAGAGAGAACUCCAACACGCUGAGGAAGAGUCAGGAUCAUUGGAGUGAUCAGAUCCAACAGCUACAGCAUCAGCUACAGAGAUCCAGGGAGCAAGAGGAGUCACUGAGGGAGCAGUGCGGUAUUCUGCAACAGGAUCAGGAAGAGCUCCGCACUGCUGUCCUUCUGCUGGAGCAGGACAACCAGACCUUGAGAGAACAGCUAGAAAAAUUCAAAGAAAACAGUAACGGCUUAUGGAUUAAUAUCCCAGAAGUGUACAAGCAGGGACAGAAGCCAUACCAGUCUGUUGGGAUGGAUAACAGCAUGGCUCAGCAGCUCCACCAGACUGAGCAGAGACUCAGCCUGAAGGACAAGGAGUGUGUGGAUCUGAAGACUGAGCUGGAGACCCUGGAGCAGGAGUGUCGCAGUUAUCAGACUCGUCUGGCUCAGUGUCGAGAGGAGCUGAAUACACUAAGUGCUCACAAAAGCAGAAUCAGUAGAAGGAGACGUUUCUGUGGCACUUUGUGCUUGACUCUCUUCUUCAUGCUGAUGCUAAUUGCUGUAAUGUUCGCUGUCUGGAUCUACCAUCCGUCUGUCAGGGAGCAGCUGCGUGAAAUUUACUCUGCAGUGGAGGAGAGAGUGGAGGACUAUUUAAUGCAGACAGCAUCUGCACAACAUUCGGGCUGCUUCAAACCUGUAUGAGAGAGACAUCAGCACAUUCACAUGUGUAUUAGGUUUAGGUUGAUAUUUAAUGGUUGAAUAUCAUAUAUUUAUAUAGCAUAUAUUUAUUAUGAUAUGAGCCAAAAUACACCAUAAAUAAUGCUAGUUAAAUAUUGCACAGUGUGUGUAGUACAUGGAAUAGAUUACGAAGUUCUGAACUUGUACCCAUAGUCCAAGCAAUUUGUUUUGUGAUAUUUUAUUCUUGUAAGGUUUCAAAGUGAGGCCAUGUAUCCUUCCUACAUAAUCAGGUUUACUGUUUAUUUGUGCUUUUUUCUUCAAGCUUUAUCAGUACAUUCUAAAAGUAAUUGAUUUGCAAAGAUUUAAAAUAGCUGUUCAAAUGUAUAGCCUUUGGUUGAUGAAAAACAAUAGAUUUGAAUAAAUGAUGCUUCCAGAAUUAAAAUAUGGUU